AAGCUUACACAUCGUGUAAGUUUCCUUACCCGUUCUUGUGUAUAGGAUAUCGACCAGACGUAGGAUUGAUUGUGUUUGUGGAAACGAGCUAACUCGUGUUUUUACAAAUUUCACAAUGCUGCACGCGGAAUGUGCCUGGAAAACAGUCGGACCAGAUGAUUCUUACGAAUGGGGAGAUGUUUCGUUAUCAGAUCUAAAAGAAUACGAGUAUCGCCCCAUCGAGUGGGAUGCUAAAAAAUCUACGUCGUUCCCUUCGGAUCAAUCAAUCCAGUCGACGCUAGCGGCCUCAUUGAAUGUUGCUUCGUACGAUUUCAAUUCUAUCGAAAACCAAAGGCAGCAAUCUAUUCUUAUGCUGGGAUGCGGCAACUCAAAGCUAGGCGAAGAAAUGGUAGUAGAGGGAGGCUUUAAGGGUCCUCUCAUACAGGUAGAUGUAUCCAACAAUGUGGUCGAAACCAUGCGCCAGCGAUGCAGUGAUUUGGUGUCAAAAGGAUCCAUGAACUUUGUGCAGGACGACGCAACCGAGUUAUCGGCGUUCCGGGACGGAAUGGUGGAUGCGUGUCUCGACAAGGGCCUGAUCGAUGCAAUAUUUUGCGCAGAAGGUACGAAUGCGAAGUGAAACACACGAAUUGAAAUCCAGAGUGUCAUCCAAAAUUUCUCUCUCUCUCUGACAACCAAGAACUUUCUUUCGCACAGACUUCCACCAACUGCACCAAAUACAAAACACGGUAUCGCGGGUAUUGCGUCCCGGGGGUUGGUUCGUGUUCUUUUCGUUUUCCCGACCCGAGUUUCUUCUUCCCAAACUAAUGAUGAUGGACGAGGGUGCCUCGGCGUCGGUUCGGAUCCAAAAACAGAUGGCCUGGAAGAACGUCGAGGUCCAGCAGCUGCCAAAGAUAUUGCUGUACAAAAUGCAAAAACUCGAGGACAUCGACCCCGUCGACGUUUAUGCAAACAAACGGCUGCGGAAAUCGAAAGCAAACAUCAGAAAAGCACCACGGCGAUGAACCCCACCCCUAUUUGGCAAAAUCCAGGAAACAAACAACAACGGCAAAGAACUGAAACUACCAAUAAUUGAAAAUUGCGUCC